AUGUCAGGCAGUGGGAAUCAGUCUUGUCUGAUGGGAGCAGAGGACACCGGCUCCUUCCUGGUGUGUGUGUUCCAUGCUCUGGAGGAAUGGGCUGGUCUUGGUCAGGUGGAGGACUACCUGAGCGUUUUGGAGUACCUGCUGUGGGUCUUCACCCCUCUGGCUAUCGUCUUCAUUCUGCCCUUCUUCAUCGUCAUACUCAGCUACCUGUCUAUACUCUUCCUUCAAGUCUAUAAGAGGAAGAAUCAACUGAGGGAAGCUUACUCCAAUAACCUGUGGGAUGGAGCCAGGAAGACUCUGGCUACUCUGUGGGAUGGACAUGGAGCCAUAUGGCAUGGCUAUGAGAUCCAUGGGCUGGAGAAAAUCCCUGACAAAGGACCAGCACUGAUCGUGUACUAUCAUGGAGCGAUUCCUAUUGACUACUACUACUUCCUGGCCAAUGUUAUCCUCCAGAAAGGACGGACCUGUCACUCUGUGGCUGACCACUUACUCUUCAAAGUCCCAGGUUUCAAAUUACUGUUGGAAGUGUUCAGUGUGAUCCAUGGCCCUCAGGAAGAGUGUGUGAGAGCUCUGAAGAAUGGUCACCUGUUGGGUAUUUCCCCUGGAGGAGUACGGGAAGCUCUGCUCAGUGAUGAGACUUACCCUCUUCUAUGGGGCAAACGCAAAGGAUUUGCCCAAGUCGCCAUCGACUCUCAAGUGCCAGUUAUUCCAAUGUUUACUCAGAAUCUGCGAGAGGGCUUCAGGUCUUCGGGAACUCUCAGAUUAUUCCGCUGGAUGUAUGAGAGGUUCCAUCUACCUGUAGCACCUGUUUAUGGUGGAUUUCCUGUGAAAUUCCGGACCUUCCUUGGGGAUCCCAUCCAGUAUGAUCCAAACAUAAAUGCUGCAGAUCUUGCGGAGAAAGUGCAGCAGGCUGUCCAAUCUCUGAUAGACCAGCACCAGGUGAUCCCAGGGAAUAUCCUGAGAGCCUUGAUGGAGAGAUUCUACACCAAACACAAAGAUCAUUAA